UUUAAAGAUCGGUCAUAUCGGGCCAUCAUAUCUCGACAAAGAGUUGGAAAAUAAAUAAUUUAAUAUAAUGUUUCAAAACGCGAGUGUUAAGCGGCUUUUACAAUACCGAAAAGCAAAUGGCUCAAUUGAGCUUGCUGAAGCGGCAUGGAGUGAAAAGGCAGUGCGCAGUCUUGUUAAAAAGCUCAAAAAUAACCAACUUAGUGCACUUGAAAUCAUUCUAAACACUCAAAAUCCAAAUACAAAGUGUAUUUGUAUUCCACGAGCACGUCCCAACGACGCAAAGAAAAAUCCUCAAGGUUUGCCGCACGUUAUUUAUUGUCGUUUGUGGCGCUGGCCUGAUUUAUCGUCACACAAUGAUUUAAAUUACCUGAAUCACUGCGAAUUUGCGUAUCAUCUGAAGAAAGACGAAAUUUGCAUCAAUCCUUAUCAUUAUAUUAAAGCAGAACCAGAAUUUAUUCAACCACAAUCGCCGCAACAGCAGCAACAACUCUCAAUUCUUGUACCAAAAUUUCCGACUUCGUCACCUGAAUCAUCUACGGUCUCAUCAUUUUUAGAUGGUUUAAGCAAUACAGUUCCUUUGAAUACACAAUACAAUGCAUUGAACCUCCAAAAUUCAGCUCUCGCUGGCUACGCCACAAUGGAUACUACAAUGACACAAAUACCAAAUAACACAAGCGUCAAUGUUAUGGAUUCCGGCAGUAUGAGCAGUGUUGGAAUAUCAGCAACUGAAACACCUCCACCCGGCUAUAUGUCAGAAGAUGGCGAUCCAAUGGAUCAAAAUGAUAAUUUGAGUUUCUCACAUUUAUCGGCCUCACAAACGCUUGAAGCAGCACCAGUUAUGUACCAAGAUCCAACAUUUUGGUGUUCUAUCAGUUACUAUGAAUUAAAUUUACGUGUCGGUGAAACUUUCCAUGCUUCACAGCCAUCAAUAACCGUCGACGGUUUUACGGAUCCUUCAAAUUCUGAACGCUUCUGUCUCGGUCUCUUAUCGAAUGUGAAUCGUAAUGAAGUUGUUGAGCAAACACGACGACACAUUGGGAAAGGCGUUCGUUUAUAUUACAUCGGUGGUGAAGUGUUUGCUGAAUGUCUCAGUGAUUCAAGCAUUUUUGUUCAAAGUCCUAAUUGCAAUUCACGAUAUGGAUGGCAUCCAGCGACGGUUUGCAAAAUUCCACCCGGUUGUAAUUUGAAAAUAUUCAACAAUCAGGAAUUUGCAGCGCUUUUGUCACAAUCAGUGUCGCAAGGAUUUGAAGCUGUUUACCAACUAACGAGAAUGUGUACGAUUCGCAUGUCAUUUGUGAAAGGAUGGGGCGCUGAAUAUCGACGACAAACAGUAACAUCAACACCGUGUUGGAUUGAAUUGCAUCUGAAUGGACCUUUGCAAUGGCUGGACCGUGUUUUACUUCAAAUGCAAGUGCCAUUGCAGUGCAGUUCGGUAUCGUAAACAAAGUUUUAGGCAUUAAAUGUGCGUAAAUGUUCUAUUGAAAACAAACUGUCAGAAUUUUUUUUACAUGAGAUACAGAGAUAUAAAAAGUAAUGAAGAAUCAACCAUUAAACCUCCCCUCACUUUUCCCACGGUAAUUUUUCUACAAUUUACAUUUUACAAUGAAAUUAAGAAAGAUAAAAGUAAAGUUUAUUUAAUUCUUUAUGAUCGUUUGAGUUUAUCACUCUUUUAAUUGCUUAAAUUUCUUUUUAUAAAAAUGAUAAGAUUUAAGCUCUUUUCUUAACGAAUUUCUUCUUGCCAAGUUUUUGUUUUAUCUUAUAAAGGAUUUUCUUUUUUUUUACGUUUUCUUAAGCUCUGAGAUAAUUUCUACAAACGUGGAAAGUGAAAAUUUUUUGAUCAAACAGAAUGAAAAUGUUUUAUGUCAAACAUGAAGAAUUCUUUAGAAUCAUUGAGUGUUGUUAGGAAACGUCUUUGAUCUUGUUUAGAUAUAUGUUUGACAAAUUGACAAAAGUUAAAUUAACAUUUAAGUGACGUAGAGACAUAAAAUAAUUUUUGUAAGCGAAAGAAAAAAAAUAUGAAAAAAUUGCUUCCCUUUCCAUAAUUUACUCCUGAGAGAGAUGAACAAAGCAAUGUAACAAUUUUCUAAAAAUUGUAAACAGGAAUCGAUCAUGAAAUGAUGCAAAAUAAGAUUUGAGAGUAAAAUUAAUGAUAAAAAUUUUUCUAUUCUUUUUUUAUUAAUUUUUCCUUUUUUGAGUUUAAAGUUAAACAAAUUAAAAUAAAAAAAUCAUUAAUCGUUAGAAUCAUUAUGCUUGAUAUAAAGUCAAUCUAUCGUAGUUGAAACUUGCAAAAAAGAAUUUGUUCUGACGAUUUAUAACAAUUUUAAAUUGUAAUGAAUUUAAUGUCAAGCUUAUUGGAGAAAUCAAAAAAAAUAUUUUCAUUUAUUUUGGAUGAAAAGAAGAAAAAAAUUGAAAAUUUCAGCGAUAGAAAAUGAAAACUAAAUUGUGAUUUAAAAUUAACACGAAAAAAAAGAUUGUGAAAGGAUUUGGCCAUAAAAAUUUUUUACUAAAAGAAAACUUUUCGAAAAUAUAUUUUGAUUAUCACACUACCUAGAAAGUGACUAAAAUUGAGGAGAAAAAAUAUAUAAAUUAUGAUUAAAGGUGUAAAAUUAAAGUCGAGCUGCUUAGGAUACUAAAGAAAGUGAGAAAAAAAGUCGAUAGAAUUGUAGGAAAGAGAGAGGAAUAGAUUGACUUCCCAACUCGGAAGAUAGAAAAACUUUUUUCACGAUUAAAAAACCUACUUUGUCUCUUUUUUAUUAAUUAAAGAAUUUUCAGAUUUUCUUAUGAAGCUGAUCAUCUAUUUCUCCUUUUUAUAAAUCUAAAUCUUUGCUUAAAAACAAACAACAACAACAUGUAGAAGAGAAAACUCAUUAGAAGGGAAAUAAUGAAAAUAAUUACAAAAAAAUAUUUGUCACAAAUGAAAACAUAAAGAAAAUUAAUGAAAAACUAUAAAGAAGUCUAUGAUAUAUUUUUACAAACUUACAUCGUUUUCUGCUGUAAAUUGAGAUAUGAAAAUAAAUGAAAAACAAAUUAAACAAAGCAUAUUUUGAUCAUUUGGAGAUAUCAGAAAAUGAUUUAAAAUUAUGAUUGUAAGAUCAGCAGAUAAAAGGAAACAAAAAUUAUUUGUGAGAAUUAUUAAGUGAAAAAAUUAAAAUAAAAACUUAAGCAAAAAAAAACUUCUUAAAGUAUUAAAAAAUAAACCCACGACAAUUUGCAGAGCCGCAUUUGCACUCGAUAGAAUUUUUUGUGGGAGGUGCAGUUACUUUAACGCCCCCAAAGUAGUCAACAGUCAGUUCUUCACCAGCUCUAAUAAAACGUAAGGCAAAGUAAUACAGUCGAUGCAUCUUUGGAUCUUCGUUGCAUGAAAUUGCUGGCCAAGUUUGAAGAUUUCCAUUACAUGAAUGAUUAAUGAAUCUUGACAAAUUUCCUUCGUAAGUAGCAUCAAUGCUAUAAUAAGCUUUUCCCAAUUCAUUGUAAUCAAGAUCAAAGAGAUAAGUUACUCCUGAUUUGGAGUAACAUUUUGUACGACUUCUUGCCUCUGAUUCACUUAUCAAUUCUCCAGUAUAUUCGAUAACAAAUGUUCCAGCUGGGAUAUCGCUCUUUGCCUUUAAUCCCCAUCCACGAUCAGAUGAUUUGAAUAUAGCAAGUGAAGCUGUUAUGCUUUGAGGUCGAUUUGGACAUAAUUCACUGCAUUGACAUAACUUGUUGCAUUCAAUGAUCAUUUGGUGAGUCGACGAACAGAUUCGACCGUCACUAUCAUAAACCAUUUUCAAAUCUUUUUGAUUAGGACAACAUUUUGAUGAUUUUAUGCAUGAAUCUUUACAUUUGCAGCCAAAUUUUGAUAAGAUUUCCGAAAUUGAUUUGACUUUACUUAAAUAUUUGAAGUUUGGUACUGUUUCAUAGUCGAUGCGAUUUUCAACACUUAAUUUAAACUUGUUGCUCUCUUUUCUCAAGACUAAUUUAACAAAUUCACGAUUCUUCUCUUCCUGAGCAAUUUUCUUUUCAUAGAACGUGUAGAGGAUGUUCUGAUAAUACAAUUUUUUCAUAAACUCUGAAGUGGAAAGAAUUUUCUCGUAGGUGUAAAUGUAAGCAAGAAUGUUGCAUCGAAAUUCCAGAGGAUCAAAUUCUGCUUUUAUCGUUUUUCCUUCAACAAACUUCUUCGAUUUUCCUAAGUAAAAUUUGUAGUGCUUUUUCUUAUCUUGCAAGAGUUUCUUUUGAGCCGCUUUGAUUUUAUCUUCAUGCAAUUCAAAUUUUUUAUUAACAAAUUCUUUCAAAACUUCUGUAUCUGAUACAUGUUCAUAUGGCUCAUAUGUAUUUUCAGAUGGAGGAAAUCCAUCCCAUUUGACAAGAAAUCUUACAACUGGAUUAUUUUCGAUUUGCAUUACACUAACAUACCAGAUGUCUUCGAUGACUUCAUCGAUUACUCCACUGUUUUGGUAUUCUUCUGAUGAUGUUUCAACAUUUUUUGAUUUCUUCUUUUCACAGAAUGAAGCACUUUGAUGCUUCCAACGACGCUUCACACCUUUUUCAUUCUCGUUUGUUCUACACAAUAUAUCAGUACUAUCAUCGUCAGACGAAGAUGAAGGUUGACUAUCAAUCAGUCUCACAAGAUUCCCUAAAAGAUCAGCAGCGUCAUCUGAUUCAUUGUCCUCUAAUUCGAUUUGAAAGUUUGUGUGCUCCAAUUUUAUUGUUUUGAUUUCUUCAGUAAGAUUUUGCACUUUAUCUCCGUCAAUAUUUACAAUUUUCUCUUCAUGUUUUUCAUUCUUGCAUGAUGAAUUGGCAUAAGCGUCAUUUUCUUCAAAAUUCUUUGAUUUUGAAAUUUCUGAAAGAGAUGAAGAUCUUGAAGAAUAUCCACUCUCUGACUCUUUUUUUUGAUGCACAGAAGAUCUCAGAUUUCUAAGUUUCAUGAAAUUACUCAUUUUGUUUAUAUUCUAAAGUUGUGUUUAAUAUAGCACAACUACAGCAAAAACAAAUUUA